AUGUCUACAGAACUUGCUGAAAUCGCGGCAGAACUCAAGUCCGCGCUCCAUCAGUAUCCGAACUUCCCCUCCGAGGGCAUCCUGUUCGAGGACUUCCUUCCUAUUUUCAGAUCACCGGCUCUCUUCAACAAACUGAUCAAGGCGUUCAAGAUGCAUCUGGAGGCCCGGUUCCCUGACCAGACCAUCGAAUAUAUCGUCGGACUGGAGUCCAGAGGCUUCCUGUUUGGCCCGACGCUCGCCCUGGCUCUCGAUGCCGGCUUUGUGCCGAUCAGAAAGAAGGGAAAGCUGCCCGGAGAGCUGUACAGAGCUGCCUACACGAAGGAGUACGGCGAGGACUUCUUCGAGAUACAGGUCGAGUCCAUCCCCGAGGGGUCGAAUGUGGUGAUCGUCGACGACAUCCUGGCCACCGGAGGCUCUGCCAGGGGCGCCGGCCAGCUCGUCCAGAUGUGCAAGGCCAAUAUCCUCGAGUUCUGCUUCGUGAUGGAACUCGACUUCCUCAAAGGCAGAGACAAACUGCAGGCAGACACGUUCACGCUUCUCAGCGGCCAGACCGAGUCCCUCAAGGGGUCUAAAUAG